ACCGGGAGCCCCACUGUAAUUUAGGGGGUUCCAAUCCAUCAAUCCAGUCCGUGGGUGCGGCGCGAUCAAAAGAAUUGGCUUGAAAUGGCUCGAUCAUGAUCAGACGAUUUAUGACUUGAUGCAGGGUCUUCUGGUGCCAUUGGGGACUGACAUCACGAACGACUUUUUGAUAGUCUAAUUUCCUCACCGCAAGGUUGUCUGGACUCUGUUCUGAUAUUUCCCCGGCGUGUCGCUCCCAGACACAUUCACAGAGGCGCUUCAACACAAUUCCUGCCCUCACUCAUUCACUGUCUUUGCCGUCACUCUAGCGUCCUAAACGCCGCCGCCCCUCCACCUCUAUAUCGUCUGCCAGAAACGAUUCGACUUUUCACAGGCAAACACUUUCCGAUGACUACCACAACGACAACCCAAGAUGCUCGCGCCGAGCGGAGAUCGCGAUACCAUGAAGCUGACGUCGUCGUUGUCGGCGCAGGUGUCUUCGGUUGCGCGGCUGCAUAUGCACUCGCACAGCAGGAUCGCAGCGUCCUGCUCCUCGAAAGGUGGAUGAGGCAACCAGAUCGCAUCGUCGGUGAGCUAUUGCAGCCUGGCGGCGUCGAAGCCCUGAGGAAGCUCGGCCUCGGCCACUGUAUCGAGGGCAUCGACUCCAUCGCUUGCAACGGCUUCGACGUUAUAUACUAUGGCGACCAGGUAGUGAUACCAUACCCCCAGAUUCAAGGUCUCUUGAAGGGAGGUGCAAACGGAACCGCAAGUGGACAUGCGAAUGGGUCCCUGAACGGAAGUGCCAACGGCUCAGCACACACCGAAGAGAAGGACUCCAGGCCACAGGGUUUCAGCUUUCACCAUGGACGAUUUGUGCAAAAACUGCGGGAUACCUGUCAGGCGCAUCCCAAUAUCACCAUGGUAGAGACCGAGGCCAUUUCCACCAUAAAAGGCGAGCACAACUCGGAGAUUCUCGGCGUCGAGGCCCGCACAGUCGAUCACGCCACACGCGAGAAGGUCCCCGACUUCUUCUUCGGUCAAUUGACCAUCGUCGCCGACGGAUACGCCUCCAUCUUCCGCAAGAAGUACAUCGAAAGGACACCGGUGGUAAAGUCCAAGUUCUAUGCCCUCGAACUCAUCGACGCCAAUCUCCCGCAGCCAAACUUCGGUCACGUUGUUCUUGGCACCGCCUCGCCAGUUCUCCUCUACCAAAUUGGCACGCACGAAACCCGCGCUCUCGUUGACGUACCAUUAGAGUGCCCUGCUGCGUCCACAUCCAACGGCGGCGUGCGCGGCUAUAUCCAGAACGUAGUCAUCCCCUCGCUGCCACCUCAAGUCCAACCUGCUUUCAAGGACGCCCUAGAGAGAGAUACCAAAAUCCCACGCUCCAUGCCAAACUCAUGGCUCCCGCCGUCGAAGCAGUCACAUCCUGGCCUUCUCGUCCUAGGCGAUGCCAUGAACAUGCGACAUCCUCUUACCGGCGGCGGCAUGACCGUCGCGCUGAACGACGUGGUGCUCCUCUCCGAGCUGCUGGCCCCGUCCAAGAUUCCCAACCUGGGCGACUCGUCCGCCGUGCUGCGAGCCAUGGAUGCGUUCCAUUGGAGGCGCAAGUCUCUGACCUCCAUCAUCAACGUGCUGGCGCAAGCUCUAUACUCGCUCUUCAGCGCGGCGGACCCCAACCUCGCCAAGCUGCAGCGUGGCUGCUUCGCGUAUUUCCAGAAGGGCAUCACGUCAUCUCCCAUGGGCCUGAUGGGAGGGCUGAUCCACAGACCACUGGUGCUGGCAUACCACUUUUUCGCCGUCGCGUUCCUGGCCAUCUGGAUCGACGCCAAGAGCACGGGAUUGUGGAACGUCCCCAUGGUGCUCGUGAACGCGAUCCGUCUGCUGUGGACGGCCUGCGUAGUAUUCCUGCCUGUUAUGUACAAGGAGGUCUUUUAGAUGUGCCGAUCCUCCAUGUGAAAGACGAUAGGAUGACGUUUUUGCAUUUCGAAGCAUUGAAAACUGGCUUUCGUGCCAUCGACGGCGUAUUAGCGACUUGUAUGAUUAUGCAUACCCCCCCCCCUUCCCCCAGCCCAGAUCGGGUCUGGAUGUGAUAAGAUGGACGAGAAAAAGCUCAACUCGGUCGACGUGAUUAACGGGAUAUGGACUGACAUGUACAUACUUGGGAAAGAAACCAGGGAGCAUUUAGCAUUCUGGCACAUGCAUAGACCUGAAGUAGAUUAAUAGUAAUGAUAUCAUCUUGACACAGCC